AUGGCGUGCCACGACUCUCUCCGGCGCUUCGGCGCCAGCUGCCUCGUCGCCGUGCUGUUUCUCUGGCUCUGCGCCACCUUCGUCUGCAGCGCCAGGGAGCAGCGGCCGCUGCGGGAGCUGGAGGAGCAGGUGGUGGUGAGGAACUACGGCCCGUACGCUUCCUUCGACCGGAGCGACUCGGCCACACUGCAGGUGCUCAAGGACGCCAGCAUCAACGGUGGCGCGCUCCAGCUCACGCCGGACACCCGCAACAACGACGCCUACCUCGUCAACAAGUCCGGCUCCGUCCUCCUCAAGCAGCCCUUCACGAUCUGGCACACUCUCCCCGACGAUGACAUCGAGAUCCCCGGUGGCGGCAACGGCACCGGCACCGGCCGUGCGCCGCAGCCGCAGGCUCCGCGUGUCCGUAUCGUGUCGUUCAACAGCACCUUCUCCAUGAACGUGUUCUACGACAAGGCGGUCCCCGGCGAGGGCCUGGCGUUUGUCAUCGCGCCCUCGCUCGACAAGCCGCCUCCCGGCAGCCACGGCGGCUUCCUCGGCCUCACCAACGCGACGCUGCAGGCCGCCGGACCGUCCAAGAACCGUUUCGUGGCGAUCGAGUUCGACACCUUCAACCAGAGCCACGACCCGAGCGAUAACCACGUCGGCCUCGACAUCGGCAGCGUCGUGUCCAACGCUACGGCCAACCUCGCCGAUUUCAACAUCACCAUCGCCACGAACGCCCAGACGUCUGCCAACUACACCGUCUGGAUCGAGUACAACGGCGUGGGCCGGCGUGUCACGGUGUACAUGGGCGGCAAGGGGAAACCGAAGCCGGCGAUCCCCGUCCUGAUCAGCCCGCUGGACCUCAGCGAGCACGUCCCCGAGCAGGCGUACAUCGGCUUCUCGGCUUCCACCGGCACCACCUUCGAGCUCAACUGUAUCCUGGACUGGAGCAUGUCAAUCGAGACCUUCCCCAAGAAGGAGAAGAAGGAGUGGAUAAUCCUCGUCGCCGUCUUCGGGUCCAUCGCGGUGGUCGCCAUCGCCAUUGCCGCCUUCUUCCUGGUCAGAAUGUCGCGGGCGAGGCGGAAGAUACAGAGGAGCCAGACGCGGCUGGGGCACACGCUGAGUCACCUCCCGGGGAUGCCGAGGGAGUUCUCGUACGAGAUGCUGAGGAAGGCGACCAAGAACUUCGACGAGCUACUGCGGCUGGGGAAAGGAGGGUACGGCGUCGUGUACAAGGGGACGCUCCCUGCCGAGCACGGCCAGACGGAGGCGACGGACGUGGCCGUGAAGAAGUUCAUCCGGGAUGAUGCCAGGUGCGUCGAGGACUUCGUCAAGGAGGUGGACAUCAUCAACCGCCUUCGCCACAAAAACAUCGUGCCCCUCAUUGGUUGGUGUUACAAGAAAGGGCAACUGCUGCUCGUGUACGAGUACAUGCCCAACGGCAGCCUCGACCAGCACCUCUUCCGGCGCGGGGGCGCCCAGGAGCAGCGGGCGGCGCCGCUCAGCUGGGCGAGCCGCUACGGCAUCGUCGCCGACGUCGCCUCGGGCCUGCACUACGUGCACCACGAGUACGGCCGCACGGUGCUCCACCGCGACAUCAAGGCCAGCAACGUCAUGCUGGACGCGUCCUUCUCCGCCCGCCUCGGGGACUUCGGCCUCGCCCGCGUCAUCGACUUCGACCGGAGCUCCUUCACCGACAUCGGCGUCGCCGGCACGCGCGGGUACAUCGCGCCGGAGUACUCCGUGGGGCACAAGGCCACGAGCCAGACGGACGUGUUCGCCUUCGGCGCGCUCGUGCUGGAGGUCGUCACGGGCCGCACCGCGCUGCGCGACGACGCGAGCUGCCCGCUGCUGGUGGACUUCGUGUGGCGGAUGCACGGCCGCGGCGCGCUGGUCGGGGCGGUGGACCAGGACCUCGGCACGGCGGGGUACGACGCCGACGAGGCCACCAGGCUGCUGCUCCUCGGCCUGGCGUGCAGCAGCCCCAACCCCGGGGACAGGCCCACCAUGCCGGAGGUGCUGCAGAUCGUGUCCAAGAAGGCGCCGCCGCCUGAGGUGCCGCUGUUCAAGCCGAGCUUCGUGUGGCCGCCGGAAGGGGGAGCGGCGCAAUUCAGCCUGAGCGACAUCGAGAGCAGCGGUGGCAGCUUCACCGGCACAGGCAAUGGUUCAUCGACGCGCGCGACACAGGAGUCAUCCUACGACAGCUUCCGGCAGCCGCCCUCAGCACCAAACAACAGCCAGGAGUACUUCCCAGCGCUGUCCUCCGGCCGGUGA